CAUAACGUAAUGGGUCUCUUUGAUUUGUCGUCCCCGAUUAACUGGGACUACUGGAGACGCCGCUUGAGCCAAGGCUCAUUGGAUGUAAGCAGCCGCUCGUAAACAGUCUGGCCAAACCGGGAGUACAAAAUCAGAGACAAAAAAAAAAAAAAAAAAAAAGAGGACCCACCAUAGGAAAGAAACAAAACAGGAGAGGCCCUGACGUCACGUUUUUGAAGCCGGAAGUGCAGCCAUGUUGUUGUGCCAUAUCCCUUUGAGCCUCCAAUCAGGGGUUCCACAGCUCGGCGGAGCAGAUGGGCGCGAACUUUGAACUUGCAUUGUUACGAGCCGCCGGAAGUGUGUGCUGCUGACGCGCUUCUAAACAAAGCCUACGAAACUUCAGUAGCAGUUUUAGUGAAGCAGACGCGCUCCUGUGUUUUUCCGUGGCACGUUGAAGAAGAAAGCGAAGACCCGCGCCGUGAUUGCUUGAGUCUAUCUGUUGCUUUCUGACACUCACACUCACCGACCUUCAAAACACAAUUUUCAAGCUCACACACCACACUCUAAAGUCAGCUUUUCUCGCGAACAAAAGGUGCUGCGAGAAAGACACCGUCGGAAAAAUCUUAUCUCACUUUGCAGAGGCCGAUAGCAGCAGCGAAAGCUUCAGGAUCGUGGUUGCUAUGGCAACGUUGACAUUUGGGGUACCCGUCCCAGUGCUCCUUUGGGAAAAACAGCACGUGACUUCCGCCACACUUUCUCCAAUACCUCCGUGCUGGCCGGAGCCUCUCCUGGGUUUCCUUCCUCCGUGGGACCCACAGAUCGGCGCCCUAUUUCCGUGCAAAACGUGCUUGGACCCUGGUCGUGCACCCCACAAGCAGAGGCGCUCAAGGCUCAACUGGAUUUUAUCUUGGACAGUAACUUGGCAGGAAAUAGUGCGACCAUGGCAAUGCUGCUGGGCCUAAUAUCCGGGAACCUUGCGUUUCCGGGUGCAGCGGAGUUGGCGGCUCACAUGGAUGAGAUCCUGCCGCCGGAGCAAAUCCAAGACGCUCAGGAGGAAGCGCCCGUGGCCGUGGCUGCCCCGCGACGGCCCUACUCGUUCAGCUACACGGCGACCGACCCGCGGGACGGCUCGUCGCACGGCCGCUCGGAGACGGCGGACGUGACGGGACGCGUGACGGGAUUCUACACGCUGCGCACGGCCGACGGCCGCAGCCGCCGGGUCAACUACGUGGCCGACGAGCGGGGCUUCCGCGCCGAGGUGCUCACCAACGAGCCCGGCACGGCCAGCCUCAAUCCCGCCAACGUCGUCUUCAGGUCUUCUGCCAGGCUGCCGUUCCCGUCACGCGGACCAUCUAGUUCCGCGGCGUCGGCAGCGGCGGCUGCGGCAUCCGCAGCCGCGGCCUCGGCGGCCACGUCAUACGUGCCGGUGUCCGUGGUGCUGCCGUCCCAGUCCGAGAGGCAUCCGGCGAGGACCAUCACGGUACCGCCUGGACACAGGGCCAUCAUCGUACCCAUUGAACAGGGGGAGGACGCGUCCGGCAAAUGAAGCACCACUCUGCAACUCCGUUAUCGACAUCUGGACAGAUUGAGGAACCACGAAUGCCAUUGCCAGCGAACCCCUUCCCGUCUUUUCCUUUCUCUUUCUGUUUGUAAAUUUGUGCGUUUCAAAACCGUAUAAUAAACCGUGACAUCAAGCGAGAUUAUUUCCCAUUUCACUGCGAUAGCAAUUCUAUCGACACUGCCGGUGAAUUUUUUGCCGUCGCUGUCGUCGUGAUGUUACGAAUAAAGUCCAAGUGUUAGGAGGACGGGCGGCCUGCGCGCCAUAUGCUGCGGGGAGUGACGGCAGUCAUGCGAGAGUGAGCCGAGAAUGACGGUGGCUUGGUUCUCGAUGUUGGAAGAUCCAACGCGCGCUGGAGGAGGAGAGUGCGCGUCUCCUGCCAUUGCCCGGCCGCGGCUGCGCCUGGCUGUCCGCGCGGCUUAAUGCAUACGCAGCACGCGCACCACCGUAUGUUGGCGGCAAUCUGUUGCGGGGAGCCACGGUUAUAAGCGCGAACUGACAUGGCUGUAUGGCUUCAUGCGGGCCGCCUUCCUGCGCGCCAAUUAUAGUGUAAUCCGAGUUUUGGAAGCACAGUACAGUUGAAAUGGUGAAGCACAGUUGACGCGUUCGCUUUGCGAGAAAGGCCACACGCUUCACACUGCCGGCCGUCCUCAGCCCGUCAGCGUUGUGACAGCGAGUUUUCCCAUUCAUCGACUGAGGUCUGUUCGUGUUUGUUUAUGCCCGUGUGCCACCA